CUGGAGCCCAGAGCCACAGCCUCCCCACCUCUAGCCCGCUCCUGGCCUUUCCCAGAUGCCUCCUACUCUGGGUGGGGCUUGCGUUUGCGGGUGAUGAGCCUGACUUAACUCACUGCAUAAACAGGAGCAGUGCUGGGAAAGCUGGCGUGUCCAUUCCAGGGUUCCUAAGCCUGGAAACUCGGGGUGAAGAGUUUCAGUGCUCAUUUCUACUGCAGUUUGUCUCCAGUCUGUGAAAUACUCCUUCAUGGUCAGGGCAGGGAACCCAAGGGGCGGAGGACCUGUUAACUAACACUAAGGCAAAGCGUUCCCUUCUCUCAGGAAGGCUCUGUGGGCCUUCCAGGCCACCUGCCCUCCUCAAGGACAAGAAAGUAUCUAAGGAAAGUCUAGCUAAUGGCCGACCAUUAAUGAUGACCUACAGAUGAGUCAUUGUGGUUUGGGACCAUUUUUCCUGUUGCCUUAUUCACAGAAGCUCUGUGGCUAAGCCAGCCUCUGGUCGGCUAUAUUAAAAUUGACUUGUUAGUGUGCACCUCUCGCCUUUCUAUAGGUAGAACCUUUGUGACCAAAUUGCAGAAAAGCAUGUAGCAUUCUAAUUGGCUUUGGCAAAAAAAUUCACAAUACCACCGUGGUGUGUGGUCCUCCGAAGGGCCACAGUACGGAACAGAUGUGUGUGUGGUAUUAACACUGAGGGGGGAGCAGUUGGGGCAGAGUCUAAAAAGGCUGCAGAGGAGGGUGAUAGGGAAAUAGGGUGGAGAAACGCGGAGGUUAGGGUUGCAGGGACGGUGCCGGAGGGAGGCUGUGCGUGCAGUCCCCGUGAGUGCUGCAGAGAGGGCUGUCCUCACGUAAGCAUGUCCCCACUGUUCAGUGGCCUGCGUGGGUACCUGUCUGGAAGUAAGCUCUCAGUAAGUCGGCAUUUGUGGGCCAAUGAACGCAUGGUCCCUGAAAUACUCUUCUCUACCUUCCUGUUUCCUUGCUUUCUCUCCCUUCCGGUCCUUCUUCACCUGUUCUCUUCUGAGUCUCAUUUUUCCUUCUUCGUCCAUCGCCACUGGGCAGGCAUCUCCAGACCCGUUAAGUAUAUUAAUGAGUUCCUGGCACCAGCUUUGUGCACUCAGAAAUUGAACGUCGUGGAACAGGAGAAGAUUGACAAACUGAUGAUCGAGAUGGAUGGAACAGAAAAUAAAUCUAAGUUUGGUGCAAAUGCCAUUCUUGGGGUAUCCCUCGCUGUCUGCAAAGCCGGUGCUGUUGAGAAGGGGGUGCCCCUGUACCGCCACAUCGCUGACUUGGCUGGCAACUCCGAAGUCAUCCUGCCAGUCCCGGCUUUCAACGUCAUCAAUGGCGGUUCUCACGCUGGGAACAAGCUGGCCAUGCAGGAGUUCAUGAUCCUCCCCGUCGGCGCGGCAAACUUCGGGGAAGCCAUGCGCAUCGGAGCAGAGGUUUACCACAACCUGAAGAACGUCAUCAAGGAGAAAUACGGGAAAGAUGCCACCAAUGUCGGGGACGAAGGCGGGUUUGCUCCCAACAUCCUGGAGAAUAAAGAAGCCCUGGAGCUGCUGAAGAACGCGAUCGGGAAAGCGGGCUACACCGAUAAGGUGGUCAUCGGCAUGGACGUGGCCGCCUCCGAGUUCUUCCGGUCUGGGAAGUAUGACCUGGACUUCAAGUCUCCCGACGACCCCAGCAGGUACAUCACACCUGACCAGCUGGCCGACCUGUACAAGUCCUUCGUCAGGGACUACCCAGUGGUGUCUAUUGAAGAUCCCUUUGACCAGGACGACUGGGCAGCUUGGCAGAAGUUCACGGCCAGCGCAGGAAUCCAGGUGGUGGGGGACGAUCUCACAGUGACCAACCCGAAGCGGAUUGCCAAGGCCGUGAGUGAGAAAUCGUGCAACUGCCUCCUGCUCAAAGUGAACCAGAUCGGCUCCGUCACCGAGUCCCUUCAGGCGUGCAAGCUGGCCCAGUCCAAUGGGUGGGGCGUCAUGGUGUCUCAUCGUUCUGGGGAGACUGAAGACACCUUCAUUGCUGACCUGGUGGUGGGGCUCUGCACCGGGCAGAUCAAGACUGGUGCACCUUGCCGAUCUGAGCGCUUGGCCAAGUACAACCAGCUCCUCAGAAUCGAAGAGGAACUGGGCAGCAAGGCCAAGUUUGCUGGCAGGAGCUUCAGAAACCCCCUGGCCAAGUAAGCUGUGGGCAGGUGCACCCCCAAACCAUCAUCACUUGUCAGCUAAUUAGACCCCGCCCCUGGUAUCAGCUUGGGCAGCUCAAGGCCCCCCGACCAGCACUUGCAGGGGCCUCUGGUAGUUACCUCCCCUCGCCCACUGCUGUGGUGUUCUCGCUGCUUCCUUAGAGCUUCUGCAGAAGCCAAGCUUGACCACCUGGAACCCUGUUAGAAACCCUAGCUCUGUAAUAAUGUAAUUGGCCCAAAUCAUUGUUUUUCACCUCACUUUCCACCAAGCGUCUGGAGUCAAUGUAUACCAGCAGUGUAAUCUCCAAGGUGGCCACAGGCAAGAUCCCUAGUGGUUUUGUGCAAAAUAAAAAGCCUCCGCAACCCAUGAGAA